GAGUAAAGGAGAGGCGGCCAACCAUGAACAAACAUAUAUAGAACUAGUGGAAGAUUCCAACUUUCUCACCUAUCCACCGAUUCCCACCCCAAUUUUCUAACAGACAACUGUUUUUCUUGCUUGUUUCUUUCAUUCAUUGGGUGACUUGACUUGGGUUCAUAUACAUAUAAGCUCAUUCACUAUGUUAUUAUGACCAGCUCUUCCUCUAUUCAAAUUUUAAGCCCUCAUCAGACCCUGCAAAUUAAGACAGUAAAAAUGAGCCACACUAAGGUUAUUGUUUAUUGCUUUGUCAUGGUUAGCUUAUCUAUCUCUCUCAUCAUUCUUGGUAUUGUCCUCUAUCUUAUUUGCAAAAAGAGGCCUGUUGAAUCAGAAGAAAGUCUUCCUAUUAAGCGUUGUGCUCGUGCGUACACAUUAACUGAUAUUGAUGCUGCCACCGAUGGCUUCAACCACCGCAGAAUUGUUGGCCAGGGCCGCCUUGGAACUGUUUAUGCCGCCGUACUUGAAGAACAAGUUGCAGCUGUUAAGCGGAUUCAUCCCCGGCUUGUAUUGAGUAAUGCAGGAUUUGGAUUUUCAACCGUGAUCAAAUCUCUUUCGUUAGCCCAACACCCCCAUGUAGUGUCAAUUAUAGGCUUUUCAGAAGCUCCUGGUGAGAGAAUUAUAGUAAUGGAUUUCGUUGGCAUGGUAAGUUUAGAUUUUUAUUUGCAUCAAAACCCAGAUGGGGUUUCUCUAUUGGAUUGGAGCCACCGCUUGAGGAUUGCCGCAGGGGCUGCCCGAGGGCUAGAGUACUUGCAUGAAGGCAUGGCACCAAAUAUAGUCCAUGGUUGUAUCAAGGCCUCAAAUAUUUUAAUUGAUGCGAAAUUUUGUGCAAGAGUUUGUGAUUAUGGGCUAUCUUUUUUGGCACCCCAAGAGAGGAAAGGUCUAAUAGGGUAUGUGGAUGAUGAGUACUGGAGUAACGAAGGGUGUGGACCUUGCAAAGAAAGUGAUGUUUAUGGGUUUGGGGUGGUUUUAUUAGAAAUUUUGAGUGGGAGAGUAAGCGAAGAAGGGUUGCUAGUUAAAUGGGCAUUGCCAUUGAUUAAGGAAAUGAAGUUUUCUGAACUUUUGGACCCAAGACAGGGAUUUCCUUCUGAUGUGAAGCCUCUUGUUAGGAUGGCCAAAGUUGCUUCAUCUUGUGUUGGUAACUCUAGGAAGAGUAGGCCUUCCAUUGGUCAGGUGGCAACAAUUUUGAACAGUUUGGAGAUGGAGUUACGUGUUUGAUUCAAGGGUCUAUCCUCCAAAAAACGCCAAGGACUCGGUACCGAUUUUGAACAAUUCAGAGAUAUAUUUUUUUUAUUAAUUGGUGCCUCUUUAAGUUGACAGACGGUGUCCCAAGUAUUUCUGGUCUAAAAAGCUUGCUAUGUUUGGGAGUUAGCUAGGCCCCGUUUGAGAAGCAUUCGAAGGAGCUGUUGAAAUUCAAAGGUGGGACGGUGCCUUUUCUCUUAUGGGCGGUGAAUUUUGAUCUUUGAUUGCGUGUGGAGCAGGGAGUCUUUUUGUGGUGAAAGGGACCUUUUUUUUUUUUUUUUUUUUUUUUUUAAAUCACCAUCUUUAUGUGUAGCUCUUUUUCAUCAUCGAUUAAACAUCAUGUGAAUAUCAUUAAUGUA